GUAGUGUGAGCUGAGUGAUGCUCGCUGGCUGUCUCCCUCUCUCCCUGCGCUGCCUGGCUGUGCCUCUUUCUGCCCAACGUUGAUGAACCAUUUUAUGCUACAGAGCUGCCAUAGCCAUCAUCCCUGGUUCCGCUGCUUUUCUGUCCUUUCAACAACAGUAGGAAACAUCUGCCACUGCAUCGGUCCUUUAACCGCUGCUGCUAAGCUGAGAAAUGAAGUUUUGCCCCUCCAGCUCCCAGGUGUGCAGCGUUUGGACAGCUUUCGUCUUCUAGAGGACAACGGCGGGGCUCUGAGACUCAACCCGGAGACCCUGAGCCACCAAAGGCUAAAGCAGAAGUUACUGGAGACUGAGAUCAGCACCAGAAGGAAGGAGUGUGAAGCACUUGAGGCGGAGGUGAAGAAAAAGAAUCAAACAUGUCAGACUUUGGAGAAUGAGCUUCAAGAUUUCCUCCAGGAGAACAAGCACUUGAACCUCCACUUGUUCAACAGUAGCCACAAGACAUCCGAGUAUGAGAAGGUGAAGUCUGAGUAUGCCCAGCUCAAAGAGACCCUUGGUGCUGUGACGCAGGAGAGAGAUUUAGCCCUGUGGGAGAGGAACCAGCUCCAAGGCAAACUGGAGAACCUAGAGCAGGUGCUCAAGCAUAUGCGCGAGGCUGCAGAGCGGAGGCAGCAGCUAGAGUUGGAGCAUGAGCAGGCCUUGGCUGUACUCAAUGCAAAGCAGCAGGAGAUUGAAGUUCUUCAGAAGGCUCAGGUUGAGGCAAAAAAGGAACAUGAAGGCGCUGUCCAUCUGUUAGAGGCCAAAGUCCGCGAGCUGGAGGAAAAAUGUCGGUCUCAGACUGAGCAGUUCAACCUCCUGUCAAAAGAGCUGGAGAAGUUUCGGCUCCAGGCCGGGACGUUUGAUAUCCUCAGCACUGAACCCUUAACUGUGUGUGGAUCCCCUGGAUCGCCCAACAAAUCCCUCUCACAGCUCCUUAAUGGACUGGCUGCCCCCAUAGGAAAAGGCAAUGAGGCUCCAACAAGCAGAUCUUUGAUAUCUGAGUUCAUUCGACCGCUGCAGAUCAGUGGAGACAAGCCCGAGCUCCUCUCUGUCAAGCCAACAUUCCUCACUCGCGGUCGAGUCAGCAGUCCAGCACGGGCUUUCCUCUCUGAGAUGGACAAAGAGCUCAGCUCAACUACCAGAUCCAAACCCAGGUUCACAGGGAAGGUUCGUCUGUGUAUUGCUCGGUACAGUUACAAUCCUUAUGACGGGCCUAAUGACCAUCCUGAGGCAGAGCUCCCCCUGGUGGCAGGGAAGUACCUCUACGUUUACGGGACAAUGGAUGAGGAUGGCUUUUACGAAGGAGAGCUGCUGGAUGGACAGCGGGGACUCGUCCCAUCCAACUUUGUGGAGUUUGUUCAAGAUGAAGAGAAACCCUCUGUCCAACACAGGGACACAGUGGCUAAAGAACAUGGCUACCUCAACCACAGUAGCCUGGGGCCUCAGAGGCUGAAAAUCGGAACGGGAACGGGCAUAAGCCGCCUGCUGUCUGACAGUAAACUAGACUGUAUAAGCACCAGCAGCUUGGGCAUGGACCUCCUGAGCUCCUCCAGCAACGGGACAGGAACCUUGGAUGUCAGCAUUGACGAGGUCGGUGAAGACAUUGUGCCUUAUCCCCGCCGCAUCAACUUGAUUAAACAACUGGCCAAGAGUUUGAUUAUUGGCUGGGAUCCUCCUGUGGUCCCACCGGGCUGGGGCUCCAUCAGUGGCUACAAUGUCUUGGUGGAUAAGGAAUUGCGCAUGAGUGUCCCCUACGGGGGCAGGACAAAGUCUCUUCUUGAAAAGCUCAAUCUGGAAACCAACACUUACCGUAUCUCGGUGCAGAGCAUCACUGACCGGGGCCCGUCGGACGAGCUCCGGUGCACUCUGCUCGUGGGAAAGGACGUGGUGGUAGCACCUUACUACCUGCGGGUGGACAGCAUCACGCAGGUCUCUGCUGAGCUCUCGUGGAUGCCCAGCAACAGCAACUACAGUCACACCAUCUUCCUCAAUGGUGCAGAGUAUGACAUGGUCAAGGCGGGAGGCUAUAAGUACAAGUUCUUCAAUCUGAAGUCCAUGACAGUUUACAAGGUGAAGGUUGUGGCGCAGCCGCAUCAGGUGCCUUGGCAGCUUCCGAUGGAUCAAAGGGAUAAGAGGGAAAUCUCUGUGGAGUUCUGCACUCAGCCUGCAGGGCCCCCUCUCCCUCCCCAGGAAGUGCAGGUCCAGUGUGGUCAGACGCCGGGGAUCCUGCAGGUCAGAUGGAAGCCGCCGCCUCUGACGUCUUCAGGAACCUCCAACGGGGCCAGUGUGCUUGGCUAUGCCGUGUGCACAAAGGGACAAAAGAUAGCAGAAGUCUUAUACCCCACAGCAGACUAUGUGACCGUGGAGUUAAACAGGAUUCAGUGUCUGGAGGCCAGGGAAAUCAUUGUAAGGACGUUAUCAACACAAGGAGAGUCCCAGGACUCGCCUGUGGCCAUCAUCCCGAACAAUCUCUUGGGCUCUCCACGCCUCUCCCACAGAACCACUGCACCUUCCCACCCUAUGACCCACCCGCAGUCCCAUCCAGUACAAUCACAAACCCAUCCUCCUUACCCGUCGACGUACCCCCCGAAUCAUCCUCAGCCCCAGGUGCAGCCUUUGCCUCAAGCCCAGCCCCACACGCUGCCCCACGCACAGCCGCACACGCAGUCCGUCUGCCAACCCCCUCCUCAUUCCCAGUCUCAUUUCCCGCACCACCCCAUGCCCAAGUCCAAACCGUUAGUAAGUGCCAGAGAGCCAGAAACCAAAGAGCAUGAGGUGGGACUGCGGACAGUCCAGCCCUGGGAGCGAUCCCCCUCUCCGCUGCCUCCCAUGCGAGGACCCAAACUGGAGCCGCCGCACUUUCAGCCACGGCGAUCGCCCUCUCCUCAGAGGAUCCUGCCACAGCCUCAGGGAGUCCCCAUCCCCAACACCAUCGCCAAGGCCAUGGCCAGGGAAGCUGCCCAGAGAGUGUUUGCCGAGGGCAACCGGGUUGAGAAAAGGAAUAUCUUUAGUGAGCGAGGUAACGCCUCUGAUGAGGAGGAGGAUGGCUACGACUCUCCUCAUGCCAGGAGGAGAGGAGCCUCGGUGGAUGAAUUCCUCAGAGGCUCAGAGCUGGGCAGACAGCCACAGCAUCACCACUACAGCCACAGUGAGGAGUACCACACAGAGAGUAGCCGAGGUUCGGACCUGUCCGACAUAAUGGAGGAGGACGAGGAAGAUCUUUACUCUGAGAUGCAACUGGAGGAGGGCCGUAGGCGCAGUAUAAACUCUCACAACACUCUUAAGAUCAUUGGGAACUCCUCAUCGCAUGGAAACGCUGACCGACUGGACCACUCGGGGAGGAGGCCGGUUCACAUCGGCAACCCCCCUCAGCAACGGCAAAUCCCAUCCAUUGACGGCUAUGGCGUGCGCAGACAAGGGCGGGGACGGCGCACUCCGGAUUACUAUGACGAAUCGGAGCCGGAGGAGACGACGACGACGACGACGCGCGUGUUUGUGGCUCUGUUUGACUACGACCCCAUGUCCAUGUCUCCCAACCCCGACGCCGCUGAUGAGGAGCUGCCAUUCAAGGAGGGCCAGAUCAUCAAGGUCAUUGGGAACAAAGACACAGAUGGCUUCUACAGGGCGAAGAUCCGAGACCGCGUGGGUCUGAUCCCCUGUAACAUGGUCUCUGAGAUCCAAACAGAGGAUGACGAUAUGAUGGACCAGCUCCUGAAACAGGGCUUCCUGCCACUCAACACUCCUGUGGAGAAGUUAGAGAGGAACAGGCGGAGUGGCCGCCAGCAUCCCAUGUCAACACGGAGAAUGGUGGCGCUGUACGACUACGACCCCCGAGAGAGCUCCCCUAACGUCGAUGUAGAGGCUGAACUGACUUUCUGUGCCGGUGACGUCAUCACAGUUUUUGGUGAAAUAGAUGAAGAUGGCUUUUACUAUGGCGAGCUCAAUGGACACAAGGGACUCGUUCCUUCCAACUUUCUAGAAGAAGUGCCUGAUGAUGUGGAGGUUUUUCUCACUGACUCACCAUCUCGAUACCCCCAGGACACUCCUGCACGGAUAAAGACCAAAAGGGUUCCAUUGGGAAAAUCGGGUCCGCCCAGAAGAGCAGGCUCUCCCACAGUGCGUCCGCACAUCCCUGGCUCUGGCCCUGCCACCGUGGGGCCCGGCCGUCCCAUCAGGGCCCCGCUGGACAUGUACUCCUCCGAAAAGAAAAAGGGACUGCUGUCCAAAGGGAAGACACUAUUGCAAAGACAUGGCGCUGUACAAUAAUGUCACUACUUCUUGUAGUGUUUAAAAAAAGAAGAAAAGAAUCUGGACAGGCGGCGUUUGUGAUCUUAGCAAAUGCUUUAUUCUUGUACAUCUGUUGUAUACUAGAAUAUUUGUAUUUUGUUAACAGUAUCAACUACAUAUUUUCAAUACAUUUCAUAGUAUGAUCCCGAGACCUCGUGGUGUCGGCUGAUGUAGUAUCGAGUUACCUCCAAGUCUGAUAUUUUGCUGUAGACAGACGGGACAUUCUCCAUCCUGCUCAAGUCCGAUGUUAAUGCAUCGCUUUGAGUCUUACCAGUGUCUGUGUACAGAAAUCAGAAUGUCAUUCAAACAGCGGUCCAGUGUAAACCCGCAGAACGAGAGAUGGACUUGUGGGGGCCUCAUCUUGAGCUUGUUGCAAACAGCCAGUCGCAUUAAAUUGUCUGAGAGGUUUUGCAUGCUUUACUUCAGCACAUUCCCUCCGGACCCUUUGAGAGUGCAUGCAAUGCGAUGGGCUCAGUAUGGAGCAUGCAGUACUUUAACUCCUUCUCUUAUCGCAACAACUGCGAUAGAGGAAAAUGCCCCCUCCCUCCCUCCCUCCCCAACUAACAUGUCAGACACCUGAUAAAAAAACAAGCACAUACUGUACCUACUACAGGGUCUCUGCAUUAAAAUCAGCCUGAAUGGAAAUGCCUAGUAGAUCCAACCUCCAUGUAUUUGCCUUAUAAUCGCACAAUGGUUAGUACUUUGCCCAGUAGCGCGUGCAGUUCCAUGCCUACUACUCAUUUAUGUUGGUAUUUCAUCAAAUCUGUUUGCAGAUGCUACUCCUGACUUGUGAUGUGCAGGGUAUUGUGUGACUGUCGUGAUGUCCAUAGGACCAGAGCUUACAUAGAACGGUCUAAGACUCCCAAGUGUCCAUUACAGUUCAGCCCAAAAAAUAAAUAUUUUUAAUCUUAGAUAAUGGAAAACCAAUCUCUGCGGCUAUUGAGUGAAUGAAGGGACUUGUUUUUUUUGUUGAGUUCACUGUUUUUGAUGCACAUUAAAACUACUCUACAAAGGAAACCAGAUAAAAUAACAAAUAAAAUGUAAUCUGUGUGAUAUAGCAUCAGCAAAUGCAUCCGUUAUUGUACUGCAUUUGAUUCAUAACAUGCAACACUUUUGGGCUUCACUAGAAGACUAAAGGUUUCAGUUAACGGUGAGACACAAGACUACCUCUACGCUGUCCCUCGACCCUUCUAACCCAAAAUCUAUUAGGUCUGAAAUAUGUUUAUUCAAGCCAAUCUGUCAUUGAUGCCUGUUCAGUGUCCCGAGUUAGGUUGGUGCAGGAUACAAGUACUGUAUAUCAAUAUAUAUAUAUAUAUAUAUCUACACCUUAAUGUAGAGUAGUGAAUGUAUGAUGAAUUGAAAGCCAAUGUAUUUUCAAAAGCUGCCCAAAAGGAUUGUGCAGAUGUCAAGUCUUUGUGCGUGAAAUGAAACGGUCCAUCUUUAUUUCCUCACCUUUCUGUUUCCACAUUUCAUCCUCAUGUAUUUGAAAAUCUAGCCUAUUUUUUCUACACACACACACACACACACACACACACAAGAGUUGAACUGAAACUGCCAAAAAAGAAUGUAUGCAAAACAUUCUGUAAUACUUUCUGUACAAUUCUCGGCCGAACAGCCAUGUGACCCUACGGUAGACCGAUGUACGUCCUUUCCUAUUUAUGGACCAUGUCUUCAGACAUUGCUUUAUUCAUUUUUGAGUGACUGUUGCUCUUUUUGUACUUUGUCCAUUUGUAAAAUUGUUUUUAAAUGUUUAUACUUGAUUUUCAAACUGCCUUUUUUGUACAUUUAACUUUAUAAUCAAACAGUGCAAGCUUUCCCCAUGGUGUCUUGAAGACCAUAUUGUUUAAAAAGUCUGCAAUUGUGUGCUAGCUUUAUGAUAAGAAUUAUCAGCCUAUAUUGAUGGUUACAAAUUAUUGUGUGGGUGUGCAUGUGCAAUCUUUUCUAAAAAAAAAAAUCUAAAUAAAUUUGAUAUUUUGUAA